AUGCCUCCAGUGCCACCGGAACGUCGCGGAGAAGAUGCCAAUGCGCCACCCACAAGUCCUAGGGACAAGGUUCCAUGCAGCUAUUGCGUAGGCGUUAGCGUGUACACCAAAGCCAUGUGGCGGGAGCGUCGAAGCCCGGAAUGUAAGGGUAUUCAAGUGAAUUUCAACUCCAGUCGUGAACGUCUGCAGGAAAUGAGAGAGCGCGCAGCUCACCCUAGGAAGGAAGAUUUCACCUUCAUUGGCGUCGGACUGUCUGCGUACUCUCCCUCGUGGAUGGAAGAGGGCAAACAUUUGCCACACGUCAAGGGACUGGGCAUCAUCGCCAUCCACACGGACAAUGACGAGCUCAUGAAGCAGAUCGAGGAGCGUAAACGUAUCAAGCGUGAGCUCCAGAAGAACGUAGGCAACAGAGGCGACCUGCAAGACGGAGACGAGGACGAUGAGCUGGUGACUGACGAGGAUGACGAUGAGCUGUUCGACUUUGAGGACGCAGAGGCGACAGACGACGGUCAGGCGCUCGUGGGGAGCGAAGUGGUGCGUGGACUGCAGACGCCUCGCGGGCCAGCGGUUGUACCCGCGUCGAUUACUUUGGGGGAAGUGAAGGAUCGAGUCGUGGAGAAGACAAAGUACUCGGUGAACGCCAUGUAUAAAUUCUGGGAGCGUCGGCUGGAUGGCUUCAGUGACAGGUAUGUGGACUCGUGUCGACGACUGACGGCGCAGAUGGAGAAGCAGGUGGGUAAUACACCGCGUAAUGUCAUGUGGCUUGUGCAUCGCAUCGACGAAUAUGUGUUUGGGAAGGAUGAGGGUGACACCAAGUAA